UCACGGAGGGGCGGAGCCAGCAGCGUUCAAAACAGCCUGCCCUCAAACCUGCCUGAUCUCUGCUUCCUCUCUGUUUUGCGCUCCUUUUUUUUCUUUGCCUCUGUUAAGUACUUUAUUUUAAAAGUUUUAACAUUUCGUUUAGUUUUUAUUUAACAUAUAAUGCAGCUGCGCUUCUUACAUUGCUGGCGAAACUCAUUUUGCUCCGAGAUUGUUUUGCCAAACAGCAUCCUAGUGAUUGUUUAUUUGCAUCUCUCCGUGACCAUGGACUGAUUUUUUAAAUAAGCCGUAUAAAUGCACCUGCCGUCGAACGUAUUCACUGCCUUUAAAAUCGAAGAGGUGUGUGUGCCCUGGGUGCAGCCUGGCCUCUGCUGUGGUGGCCAUGAAGAACCCAGGAUCUGCAGACAGCAGUCGGCUGGUCUGCCUGCUGGAGGCUGCCCUGGUCAGAGAGGCUCGACUCUGGAAGGUACCGGUCUUCAAGAAUGGAUGCAUUCAGGGCGCUGACAUCUCUUCAUCCCAACAUCAGCAAAUGAUCCUUUGGCUUGGUGAAAUGAGCAGGAUGUUUCAUUUCUGUCCAGAGACCUUUGCACUCGGAGUGUGUGUCCUCAACCGACUGCUGUCCACUGUCAAGGCUCAACCAAAGUACCUGAAAUGCAUUGCUUUGACCUCGCUGGUCCUGGCUGCCAAAAUCAAUGAGGAAGAUGAGGUUAUUGGUUCUGUUAAAGACCUGGUUUUGCAGAGUGGAUGCAAUUUUUCAGCAGCGGAGAUUCUUCGCAUGGAGAGGAUUAUCCUUGACAAGCUGCAGUGGGACUUGUACACAGCAACACCAGUCGACUUCAUUCACAUCGUAAGUUAGAUAUCAGCAGAUAAACGGCAAACAGAACUUUUUUCUUUUUUUUUUUUCUUUUUUUUUAACUGGACCCCAACAUUUUAAAGUGAUCUGGACGGACUAUGAAACCAGGUCCUGGUCUUGCAUAAAAACACAAUCAGUACAAAAAGCACACAUAAACUAUCAUGCUGGCAUCAAGAUGGUGUUUACAAACCCUCACACUUCCCUCUGCCCCCCCACCCACACACACACACACACACAAAAGAAUUGGUCCAAGACAAGAUUGUGCAUUUACUUGAUAUGACUCAGUGUGCCCACAAUAAUUAAUAAUUACAAACUCCAUUCAUUUCUGAAUGAAGUGUCCUUCCACUUUCAAUAACUGCAGCAAAUAACAGAUAGAAAAUACGGCCUCUUAGUGAAACAAAUAUCAAAUCAAAGAGUCUGAUUAGAGGAUGUUUGCAUUUGGUUUUCUCACCUGUCAGAUUGGUACAGCUGUGAUCUGACCAAUCAUAAUGCCAAAGACAUUUUAGUGUUUCAACUUUCUAGAAUUUAGAUAGACUUUAAUUUCUCACAGAGGACAAGCUAAUUGUAUCUUGCCAAGCUAUCCAGAUGUUGUGCAAAUCAACAAAAAAAUCAGUAAAGGGAGCCUCGUGAGAUUCGUCCCAGCAGCGCAAGACUACAUUUGCAAGCUGCCAGCAAAUUAAUAUGCAUGUUGCAUAUCAGGCCAAGGCACUUCUAUCUGCAGCCUUACUGUGGACAAUGGACCCUGCUGCCACCAGGCGGUCCUCGAACCGCAAGAAGCUUAAAGACGAGCUUUUGAUUGUGUCCGGUUUGGGUGUAAAAUUAGAUUUGUUAUUGUUCUGAGACCGCUUGCUUUGUAACUUGGAUCUUUGCACUCUAGCCUAAUUCAUAAACCCUCAGUGCCUCAGGCAGUAACCGCUGACUGAACUGCAAACAUAGACACACACACAACAUAAUUUAGAUCCAUGCAAGUACAUGAGGCUCAAGGCUGUAUUCAUAAUGCUUAUAAUAAAGAUGAGAUGCAAUGAUUACAGAGGAGUCACUGAUUGUUGCGCAGGUUGCCCGGCAUCAUUCAGUUGAACUACAGGAUGCUGUUAUAACUGUACGGUUCUAUGAAAGUUAGUAAGCUGUAACUUUUGAGGAAGAGGUUCAGAUCAUAUGAAGAUACAGGAAGCAGAUGACUUGCACGAGCUUCGUCUAGAAACUGAAAAUGACUUUAUCUGCUGUUGGUGAAGAAUCAAAACGUGUCCUGAGCCAGCAGCUGGAUGCCUUAUGAAUACAGCCCAUAGUUCCCUUUACAAAUAGUUAACACAAGGUCAAGGUUUCCUCAGUUAUGAAUAUUCUCUCACAGUCUUUUUGAAAUCAGUUAAACCUUUGAAUUUAUAUACCUGAUUAGUUCAGAGCUGAUGUGUUCAUCAGUCUCAUCCCUGACCUCCAGAGCUAACUACAUUUCCCCUUAGUGAAUAAAUGGCACCAUUACAUGUGUUUAUAAUGCUGAGAUCAGUGAUGAAUAUAAAGUUUUUCUUCUUUUCUUAAAGCCACAAACCACAAAAAAAAAAAAAAAAACUCUCCAAGCCUCUGCAAAACAAAAGGAAAAUAUGGCACUUUCUUUCCCGCUGUGUUAUCGACUGGAUCAGACUGUGUCACAGGAGGAGUAAAUAAUCUAUUAUUGUCCUAGCGUUUCACUUUAGGUACAAAAUCAAAGACUUCUAAAAUAAAAAAAAAAACAUAAUUUAAGAAUAAAAACUAUAAUAAAAUAAAGACUUUCUCUUUUUUUAUAUUCAAAUAAAUAUCAAAUAAAUACUUUUUACUCUAGAUAUCUCACAUUUACAUUCCACCUGCUCUGAAGAAAUUACUUUGUAUUUCCUUUUUUUAAAUAUUGAAUAAAGUCUAAUUUUCUUUUAUCUACAAAACAGCAAUUUGUCACAGACUCUCCACCAUGACACUGAUAUGAGUAAAUAAGAGGAUUUACAGAUGGACCGUCGUUACCCUUCCCCGUCCUCUUCACAGUGAAGCUCUGAGAGGUAGAAUCAGCGGUGUGAUGCUGGGAAUGCUCGUCUGGAAAGUCAAAUCUAAAAUGUUCUUUUCUUUCUGCAACAUGAUCCUGAUGUCUGCAUUUCCUCUGCAGCAUGGUGAGAUUUUUAGGAAGUUUUGAGGUUGUUUGUUUCUGGAAGGAAUUGCUGACUUGGGCUUCACGUCGCUGAAUCUACCUCCCAGUACGAUUUCACUUCCUCUUCUAAUCCAUGGCUUAUUUCUUAUUGGAGACAAACAAAUGUACAAGAACUAAACGCAGUAUGAAUGAAUGAAGGAAAUGCAUAAUGUUGGAAAUUCAAUGAUGGUGUUUUUUUUUUUUUUCUUCACCUGCCACUUGUAACUUCGUGUAAACCAGAAGCCAUCGGCUUCAGAGAAGUUUCGACAAGCUUUAGGUGGAUGUUCAUCAUCACCGUUUGACCACUCAGUGAAACAAAUUUUUUUUUUUUUACAUCGAAGCCCCACUGACAUUGAUCGUUUCUGAAAAUUACUCCACAUACAAUAUAAAACAAACAAAAUUACGAGGCAAAGAGUGGGAGCUUCUCAUCUGGGCUCUACUGUAGUUUUCAAUGAAGAGUA